AUGGCCAACGGGGACUACAGACACAACAAGAAAUCGGUUUGUGAGAUGUCAAUGUUGUUGGUAGCCAACAUCAUCAGAUUAUCAUCUCUAAGAUGCUCUACCUCGAGUUUUACAAAAGAAUUUCCACCUCCACAAGAGGAAAGAACCCAUGUGCCUCCGGUUGGCAAAGGCAACACAAAUUCGGUAUCAAAAUUUUACAAGAAGAGUGGAAGAACACAAGAGCCAGAGAGGAUUCAAAGGCCACGUUCAUACCUAAUGAAACCACGAAAGGAGGAUCCAACAACCUAUGUGAGGCAUGCACUAGACGAUGUUGACAUCAACGCUGAGAACUACAUCAGCUAUAUUCGUGGAAAGAUUAGGGAUAAUGCUAAUAUUGAAUAUUGA